GGUGUGCCACUCAUUUUUACUGAUCCAUGGACGCGCGCGGCAAAUUAUGGUUUACCCUCGCAGUGUUCAAGUACGCCGGCGGGGCGCACAACGUGGCGGAGGUGAGCGCGGCGGACUACGCGUCGCGCUCCGCGGCGAACGUGCUCAGCAGCGACGGUAGCGGCGCCACCACCAUCGCGCUCAAGACCGCGGGGAAGCACUACUUCAUCUGCGGCGUCACUGGCCACUGCAGCAACGACAUGAAGCUCGCCGUCGACGUUGCCGCCGCCACCGCCGCCUCGUCGCCGAAGGCGUCCCCGACCCCGGACACCCCCGACACCCCUUCCACCACCCCAACUUCGCCAUCCACCCCCGGCGCCACGCCCAAGACCCUGGCGACCGUGCUCGCGCCCCCGACCAAGCAGUCGGAGUCCGGCGCCACCGGACUCAGGGCCACGGCGGUGGCUGGCUUGGGCAUCGCGGGGCUGGUGGCCGCGGGGCGUAGUCUGCCCCCGUGGUCCCCCGGUGGAGUAGGCCGGGGACGGCAGCAGCAUCCAGAGCCACGCGCUCGGCUCGCUCAAGAAGGGCGCGUCGAUCAGGAUCUCGGGCGGCCGCGGUGGCGGUACCGGCGACAGCCACUAACAGCCUUGCGCGUAGCCGCCGCUGUCGCAAGCGUGUGCGCCGUCGUGCGUGAGUGAGCGCCGGCAGUGGUUGGCGGCGGAGGUAGCUUGUAGGUGCACACAAGGUGUUUCUAGAAAUGCCAAAGAGAAGGAGA